CGCUCGGCCGCCUCCUCCGAGGAACAAUGCGGCGCCUCCGGGCGUAGCGUCGCGCGGGGCCGGACGCCGGACACCAGAGCGCGGGCGGCGGAGCCAGCGGGCGAGAGAGCGCGCGGCGGGCGCGGGUUGCCCUCGUCGAGAGCCAUGGGCGCGGCGCGGCGCGGGGCCGAGGAUCGGCGCGGCCCGGAGGCGCUGGGGACCGGGGCGCGGGCCCGGGGCCGCCUUUAGCCGGCACCGAGGGCGCGGGGCCGGGGAUGAGGGCGCCCGCCGCGGGGAGCCCGUCUGCGCGCCGCGGCACCUUCCCGCCCAGCGAGCGAGCCCGAGCAGGCAGACGCGCGGCCGGCGGUCUGGUGGCGCGCCGCCUCCCGGUCCCCAAAAUGUGAAGCGGGGAGGGCGGAGACGCAGAGACGGCCCGGCCGGGCGCCCUCGCCGCCCUCCGGCAGCCGCGCCGCUCCCUCCGCUGCCCGCCCAGGCCUGAGCAGCGAGGCCACCGGGCCGCGCGCUCCCAGCUUCGCUCGGACGCGGCUUCGGCCCGCAGAGGGUUCGUGGCCCGGACGCGGCGAGAGCUGGGCCCAGGACGGUGCGUCCGGCCUCGCCCGCAGCUGCUCGCACCAACAAGUUUGAACAAUGAUCACCGUCAACCCCGAUGGGAAGAUAAUGGUCAGAAGAUGCCUGGUCACCCUGAGACCCUUUCGGCUUUUUGUCCUGGGCAUCGGCUUCUUCACUCUCUGCUUCCUGAUGACGUCUCUGGGAGGCCAGUUCUCAGCCCGGCGCCUGGGGGACUCGCCAUUCACCAUCCGCACAGAAGUGAUGGGGGGCCCCGAGUCCCGCGGCGUCCUGCGCAAGAUGAGCGACCUGCUGGAGCUGAUGGUGAAGCGCAUGGACGCACUGGCCAGGCUGGAGAACAGCAGUGAGCUGCACCGGGCCGGCGGCGACCUGCACUUUCCCGCAGACAGGAUGCCCCCUGGGGCCGGCCUCAUGGAGCGGAUCCAGGCUAUUGCCCAGAACGUCUCCGACAUCGCUGUGAAGGUGGACCAGAUCCUGCGCCACGGUCUGCUCCUGCACAGCAAGGUGUCAGAAGGCCGGCGGGACCAGUGUGAGGCACCCAGUGACCCCAAGUUCCCUGACUGCUCAGGGAAGGUGGAGUGGAUGCGUGCCCGCUGGACCUCUGACCCCUGCUACGCCUUCUUCGGGGUGGACGGCACCGAGUGCUCCUUCCUCAUCUACCUCAGUGAGGUCGAGUGGUUCUGCCCCCCGCUGCCCUGGAGGAACCAGACGGCUGCCCAGAGGGCACCCAAGCCCCUCCCCAAAGUCCAGGCAGUUUUCCGAAGCAACCUGUCCCACCUUCUGGACCUGAUGGGCGGCGGGAAGGAGUCCCUGAUCUUCAUGAAGAAGCGGACCAAGAGGCUCAUGGCCCAGUGGGCGCUGGCUGCCCGGCGCCUGGCACAGAAGCUGGGGGCCACCCAGAGGGACCAGAAGCAGAUCCUGGUCCACAUCGGCUUCCUGACGGAGGAGUCCGGGGACGUGUUCAGCCCUCGGGUCCUGAAGGGCGGGCCCCUAGGGGAGAUGGUGCAGUGGGCGGACAUUCUGACUGCACUCUAUGUCCUGGGCCAUGGCCUGCGGGUCACAGUCUCCCUGAAGGAGCUGCAGAGUAACUUAGGGGUACCGCCAGGCCGGGGAAGCUGCCCGCUCACCAUGCCCCUGCCCUUCGACCUCAUCUACACCGACUACCACGGCCUGCAGCAGAUGAAGCAGCACAUGGGACUCUCCUUCAAGAAGUACCGGUGCCGAAUCAGGGUCAUCGACACCUUCGGGACGGAACCUGCGUACAACCACGAGGAGUACGCCACGCUGCACGGCUACCGGACCAACUGGGGCUACUGGAACCUCAACCCCAAGCAGUUCAUGACCAUGUUUCCUCAUACCCCCGACAACUCCUUCAUGGGCUUCGUGUCCGAGGAGCUCAACGAGACGGAGAAGCGGCUCAUCAAAGGCGGCAAGGCCAGCAACAUGGCCGUGGUGUACGGCAAGGAGGCGAGCAUCUGGAAGGGGAAGGAGAAGUUCCUGGGCAUCCUGAACAAAUACAUGGAGAUCCAUGGCACCGUGUACUACGAGAGCCAGCGACCCCCCGAGGUGCCAGCCUUUGUGAAGAACCACGGCCUCUUACCGCAGCCUGAGUUUCAGCAGCUGCUGCGCAAGGCCAAACUCUUCAUCGGGUUUGGCUUCCCCUACGAGGGCCCCGCCCCCCUGGAGGCCAUCGCCAAUGGUUGCAUCUUCCUGCAGUCCCGCUUCAGCCCGCCCCACAGCUCCCUCAACCACGAGUUCUUCCGAGGCAAGCCCACCUCCAGAGAGGUGUUCUCCCAGCAUCCCUACGCGGAGAACUUCAUCGGCAAGCCCCACGUGUGGACAGUCGACUACAACAACUCAGAGGAGUUUGAAGCAGCCAUCAAGGCCAUUAUGAGAACUCAGGUAGACCCCUACCUACCCUACGAGUACACCUGCGAGGGGAUGCUGGAGCGGAUCCACGCCUACAUCCAGCACCAGGACUUCUGCAUAGCUCCAGGCCCUGCCCUACCAGAGGCCCACGCCCCGCAGAGCCCCUUUGUCCUGGCCCCCAAUGCCACCCACCUCGAGUGGGCUCGGAACACCAGCUUGGCUCCUGGGUCCUGGCCCCCCGCGCACGCCCUGCGGGCCUGGCUGGCCGUGCCUGGGAGGGCCUGCACCGACACCUGCCUGGACCACGGGCUAAUCUGUGAGCCCUCCUUCUUCCCCUUCCUGAACAGCCAGGACGCCUUCCUCAAGCUGCAGGUGCCCUGUGACAGCACCGAGUCGGAGAUGAACCACCUGUACCCGGCCUUCGCCCAGCCUGGCCAGGAGUGCUACCUGCAGAAGGAGCCUCUGCUCUUCAGCUGCGCUGGCUCCAACACCAAGUACCGCCGGCUCUGCCCCUGCCGCGACUUCCGCAAGGGCCAGGUGGCCUUGUGCCAGGGCUGUCUGUGAGUCCGCCUCUGCCGCCCUGCCUGGCACCCACGCUGGCUCUCUCCUGCCGCAGGAGAAAGCACCAGCAGGUUCUGAGCCCUGGCUGCUUGUCCUCCUCGCAACCCCUCCGGGCCGGAGCUUCCUUCCUUAGCCAGGAAGCUGGCAGAGGAGAGCCGUGCCCGGGAAUAGGAGGAGGCAGCACGCCGAGCCCCUGGGACCUCCCAGGCAGGCUCCAGUUCUCUCCUGGGGACUCACGGCAGCAUCGUGGCCAAGCAGGUGUCGGACUGCUCAGAGUCCGCAUGGCCCAGGAGCAGGUGGUUGGAGGCCCCUGGCUUUGUGCAAGGCCGGAUCUGGGCCAGGUGGCGAAAGGGGCCCAGUCAUUCUUGGGCCCAGGAUGGGGCCUCUAGACUUGAAAGGGAGAGGAGCAGGGACCAGGCUGCCCCACGGUCCCUGAAGGGUCCAAGGAGGGGCCCUCUCCAUGGCCCUGGAGAGUGGGCCUGGGUGGUACCUGCUCCAGGCAGGGAAACUGGGGGCUCGCCCUUCUCCUGUGAGGGGAGCCAGGCACACAGGGCCCAUUGGUGUUUGGGAUGUGGACAGAGGGGCAGGGGGCUGGGAGAAGGCUAAGCCGAGGGGUCCUGUUUGUGCCUCCCCUUAGUUCCUUCCCUCCCGAUUUCCCGAUUCCCCCACCCUCCCUCUACACUUGAGGACCACAGUUGGGGGUGUAGGGACCACCCAGACCCUCGUUGAAUUGUUUCUCUCUCCUGCUUGUUCCAACCCUUUUCACUCUGGGCUUCUCCCAAAACCCAUCCUGGCAUGACCUGCGACUCCAGACGGUGGAUUUGUUCCAAAGCCUCAAUCCCUACCGCCUCCAAGGGGCAGGUUUCCACUCCAGCCUCAGAGAUCAGGCUCUGGGACCCCCAUCCGGGGGUGGCCUUCAUGCACCAGCCACUUCCGCAGGUGCUGACUCCCCCACUCCCUGGCAUUUUUUGCAGACAAGGGCUUGGGAUGGACCCUCAGCCCCAUGGUACGCCCUGCCCAGUUUCCAGUUGCCCUGUCCACUUACCCUAGGUAGCCCCCCACCCCAUCAGUGCCGAGUCCUUGUCCCUACCUCCAGCUUCCUCCAGCCUCAAACCGCCUCUGGAUCUAGCUGUCCUUCUCCGAGUGGCACGCCUGCCCCAGGAUGCCCCCUUUCCCUCCCCCCAUGCCCAGAGCCCCGCCUGCCUCAGCGGGUGAGGCCUUCAGAACACUGCCACCCACCCAGUUUUAUAAUCCCGCUCCCUCUCCAGGCAACCCCACCCACCAACCUAGGCCUGCUCCUCCACCCUUCCCGGGAGGCAGCCCCGGGAUGCUGAGAGUUGGUGGAGGGGCCAGGCUGGACACUUCCCGUGGGAGUCCCCUCCAGACCUGGCUGGCCCCUGCAGCCACAGAAACCACGAUGGCAAAAAAUCUCAUUGGUUCCCAAGGACUAACCUGUGGGGGAAAGCAAUAGAGACACUCUUUUUCUCUCUUUUUUUAAAGAUUUAUUUCUUGAAAUAAUAAAUAUUUUAUUGGGAUGUGA